GAGACUAGGUUGCAACAGUUGGAGGCCGGCCUUGCAGAGGUUCGCCGCGGCCAUCAGGCGGUGACACAGCAGCUUGCCCAUACCCAGGCGGCAGUAGAGCAACAGGUGGACAUGGUCAAAGGCGACCUCAGCACUUUCGCAGUCGAGUUCCGCGCCCAGCUCCAGGCCAAUGCUGAGUCCCAGCGUGUUGCACAGGUUGCUCACCAACAGCAGUUUCAGCAAGGUCUCGAUGAGAUCAAGGCCCUUUUGGCCUCCUCCCCUCGCCCGCGUGCUCCUCCGGCAGCCAAACGGCCAGCUGAUGACGGCCACGGCAAGAUGGAGCUGGAUAAUGAGCCCUUCACCCAGGACCUCCACUGCCAGCAGUUGGAGCCGAUGUGCUCAUUGCAAGCGAGACCUCGGCAAAUGUUCCACACUGGCUCCGGGCGGGCCAUGCUUCGCAGUUAUGCACUGGGGGUUGCCACCUUCUCCAAGUUGCCGUGCCGCCCUCCCCUGCAAGACUUGCCGGCUGAAAUGCUGAGCAGUUGUAGAAUUGCUGAAUGCUUUGUCCGUCUUCACGGCUUCGAGGUCAAGAUAAUUUCUGUUUACGGGGUCCCGCGCUGCCUUCCUUCUGCCGCGGAGAAAAACAACUUGCUCUUGGCCUGGGCCUUUCAGAGGGCCACCGUUUCCUGUGUUCCCGCGUUGGUGGCUGGGGAUUUCAAUACCAGCCCUACAGAGUUGCCUUCCUGGCAGGCCUUUGCUGACCUGGGGUGGAUUGAGCUUGGUGCUUUUGCAGCCCAGUGUCAUGACGUGCACCUGCCGUGCACAUGUAAAGGAGCCACGAGAUUUGACACUUUCCUCCUGCCUCCGUGUCUGUACCAGUACUUUCAAUCGGCUGAUGUCCUCACAGACAGCCACUUGUUUGAUAGCCAUGCGCCAAUGCGGCUCCGUCUUCAACUACCCUCUCGUGGGGUCCCCCGCUGGAUUUGGCGCCUCCCGCAGUCCUUUGCUGAUUUGGUUGACAAGCCGCAGGCCCUCUCGCCGGCUUAUCAGGCGUCGUCCCAACAGGUCAGGCUAGCAUUUGGGCCAGAGGUGCCCGAAACUUGCGAGGGCGAUAAACUCCGCCUCUGGUCCGCAACGGUUGAGGCUGCUGUCUCUGAUGUGCUCCACAACGCUCAUCUUACUGACCCCGCUCGCAACAGACUCAAAGCACUGCCCAAGCGACAUCGUGGCCGUUGCCGUGAAACUGUGCGUCAACAGGCGGCUCCACCGCACCUUCCUCGCCCCGGGCGACAAGGCGAUCCUGAGGCUUUUGAUGAGGAUACAUCUGUUCUGGGUCGACAGAGACUUCGUCAGUGGCGUCGCUUGCAUACUUUCCUGCAGGGCUUGACCAAGUUUCAGGCCGAUCGCUUUCGUGGUCCCUUGGCCCCCGAUGGCUGGCCCUGUUCUCUUCACCUUGAAUGGCGCGCCAUAUGUCGGGCCGCCGGCUAUGGCAUUUCCUUUAGUGACUGGGUCCUCCAAUGGCCUUGCUUUGUCUUCUUUCCCACAGAGAGGCCCAACCUUGACUAUGUUAGGGACCUCACGUCCUUCGUCAGGUUUGAUGUUGAGGCCCUUCAGCGGCAAAACGUGGCUGUGAAAGCCAAGCUGUUCAAGUUCCGGCUUCACGUGGAUGCUAAAGACUUUGGGGCCGCGCGCAGCUUUGUUCGCGUCAAACCUGCCCAGAAUCCUCCCUUCACAUGUGUCCGCCACAGCUCUGAGCAACAAGUGACCCUGAAAGACCGGCACAACUAUCACCUCUGUACUUUUGCCGCCCGCCACGAGCGCUGGCUCGAGCUCCACAGCCAGGUGUUUUACGCCCAGGUCCCGGGUCAGGUGACUCAGGUUUCUCCCGGUGCUGUCACAGUGUUGUUUGAUACCGCUGAUGACUGCGUGUUGCCUGCAACAGGCCGCCUCUGUCGCUACCAGCAGGACAGCUCAUGGCAAGGCGUGGUGGGUUCUCUAAUGGAGUUCUGGAGCCCGAUCUGGAAUCGGGAUUCCUCCCAACAGGAGGCUGACAUUGCGGCCUGGCCCAAGUUCCAGCAGCUGCUCCAAACAUGUGGGCAACCAGGUUUUGAGGUCCCCGUCGAUCUGCUGGCGGUCGAUGCCUGGCAACAUGUCGCCAGAAAGCUUUCGCCUCGCAAGGCGCGUGGCAUCUGUGGCUGGCACAACGCUGAGCUCCGCAUCUUGCCUCGUGCAGCCCUUUCCGAUUUGGCUUUCAUACUGCACCACAUGUCGCCCUCCGGCUUUCCAGCAUCGCUUCUCAAGGCACGGGUGGCGGUCUUAAGCAAAGUUGCCGCACCGUCUCACGCCGCCCAGGCCCGCCCCAUCACUGUGCUUAGCUGCAUUUAUCGUCUUUGGGCCAGAGUCCUGUGCACACAAGUCCUUGCGGUUUGGAGCUCUAAGCUGCCCCCGGCAAUUUCUGGUUGCCUCCGUGGCCGUUCUGCUUUGGACUUGGCUUAUGCGGUCCAAGCCGAAAUCGAGGCCUGUUUGUUGUACCAAGAGGAUCUUUCCGGUUUGUCAUUGGACCUCCGCAAAGCCUUUAACUACUUGCCACGGGCACCAAUUUGCCAGCUCCUACAGCAUCUCGGCGUCCCGCCUCAUGUCUGUCACUUUUGGCAAAAAUCUUUGGCCAAGGUCUGCCGCACCUUCCAAAUCAACCAGAGCCUGGGCCCGGACCUCCCUUCAACAACCGGCGCCCCGGAAGGAGACCCUACCUCGGUGUUGGCCAUGAUCGCCGUCUGCUGGUGUUUUGUUAGCCUCCUGCAAGGGCUGGUGCAGCCUCGUGCCUACGUUGACAAUUGGUCCUGGACGGCUGACGCCCCUGAUAAUCACGGACCUGCCUUGCUCAUUUUGCAGGACUUGACCGAAAGCCUCUCUCUACAAGUUGAUUGGGCCAAGACAUACGUCUGGGCUCUCCAGAACAGCUCCAAAAGCUGGUGGCGGGCUCACAGCUCCACCUUCGUCCCCUCGGGUGUCCAACUUACGUUGGUGGAUCAAGUUCAGGAGCUGGGCUCCCUUUUCACGUUUGGCCGCAGAACUUGCAGUGGAGCUUUUGGCGGCAAGUGUCAGGCGGCACUUGGUCGUCUUCAGAGCCUUGCCUCUGAUCCACAAGGGCUGCCGGUCCGGGCCAAAAUCGUGCAAAGUGGCAUUUGGCCCUUCCUUUUCUAUGGCACCGAAGCAUGCCUCCCUUCCCGUUCCACAAUUUCCAACCUACGCAGCUCCGCUGCCCGAGCAGUUGUGGGGGAUCAUAAGACAUUGUCUGCCUGGGCUGCACUUUGCUUUUCCCCGGGGGUGCAAGAUCCAGAGGUCUUCCUGCUAUGUCAUCAUCUCAGUCAGCUGCGCAGGUGCUUUGCGAUUGAUCCGGCGACGGCCGAAACAGUUUGGUCUCAGGUCGCAGGCACAGUAUCGAUUCCAGACCGGGCUGUAUGUGGCCCUGCGGGCUCCCUGCAGAAUCUUUUGCACCGCAACGGCUGGACCUUCCACAUCUCAGGUACGUGUCGUGGGCCCUUGCACCAAGCCUUCAACAUACGGCUCACCAGCAUCAAGGGCAUCCGCAGCGCCGUCUGUGCUGCAUGGGCCGAUACGGUUCACGACAACAUAUGCCAUCGGAAUGGCCUGCGCUUUGCACCGAUGCCUUGCCCGUCUGAGACACAAAAGGUUUUUGCCAAGUUUAGGCCGUGGGAGCUUAAGUUCCUUGCCAAGCACUACAGCGGUGGCUUCAUGUCGGGAGCCGAACGCAACACAUGGUCCAGAGAGGAUACUGAGUUUUGCCCGCUUUGCUCGGCUGUGGAUUCCAAGGCCCAUCGCCUCUACAAGUGCCCCGCCCUCUUUGAACAACGAGCUGCUCACCAGGAUACAUUGGAUUGGGUGCAAGAGCACAGGCCCCAUUGGACCCACCUGGCCUACGUUGCCUGGCCUGAUGAGGCCUCCUUACUGCAGCUGUUGUUGCGGCAAAUGGGUCCCCCAGCUUUGCCGCCGCCUCCCGCUCCUGUCGACUGUCUGUGCCUGUUUACAGAUGGCAGUGCGCUUCAAACCAACAAUGUCAUGGGACGACUCACGGCUUGGGCUGUCGUUGCGGCCCCACGCCCCAGCAACGCCCCGGAAAUCCAGCCAUGGCAGCUGGAACCUUCACGCCUCGUCGCUUCAUUUGCCAUUGUCGCACAGGGUUCUCCCGCUGGUGCCCAAACUGUGCCCCGUGCCGAGCUAGCGGCAAUUGCCUGGGCCAACAACUGGUGCGCUCAAUGUCCGGAGCAGGUGGUGGAGCUGUACAGCGAUUGCCAGUCAGCCAUUGAUCUUUGGACUGACUGGACCGUUGCAGGUUGGGAUGCUAUUUCGCGUCGUUGCAAUGCUGACCUACUGCAGCACGCCGUGCCCCGGGCCAACUUGUGCGUUUACAAGGUCAAAGCUCAUCGACAGCAGGCCGAGCUGGCCGACAUGACGGCAUGGGAGCAAUGGCUGACAGCCGGUAAUGAGGCCGCGGACUCCGCGGCCAAAGCAGCAUGCAGCAACAUUCCCUCGCUGGUGCAGGAUACAGCCAGACGCGUGGCCGCAGUAAGCUCCACAGAUUCCCGUUACCUAUACGCUUUUUGCAAAGCCAUUUUGGCCAUUGGUCCGGUUGACGCUCAGCUUCGGAGUGCCGUGCGCACCCGCGUGCAACAGGAAUCGGACGAACAGCAAUGGUCUUCCUUGGCAGUUUUCUUGGAGCGCAUUCGGGAGUGGCGAAUCCCCUCACCGGGGUCCUCGUCCCUACCGGAUAUAUGGGAAGAAAAUUGGGUGGGAUGGACUUUUGGUCCACGGUAUGGGGCCAAACUUCUUGCAUGGAUCGAGCAACUACGGUGGCCAACAGCACCGGUUGAACCACAACAUGAUCAUCACAUCUCUUAUUUUGAGCUUCUGCUGAGCUUUGUUACGACGAUGUCGGUGGUGCCUAUCGUGGAGGACAGCGCGUCCCCCGGCAGGUACUUGCCAGUUACAACUGCUAAUCACCGUCUUCGUCACGUUACACUUCGCAUGCUGACGGAAUGUUUUCGUGCGUCUCUGAAACGUUUAGGAUCCCAACUUGAUUGCGACCUUUUGCGAUUCACUGAAGUCACUGACAUAACUUACAUGCGGCUCCUGCACAUUCCAGCACCGUGUCCAGGUCUUUCGGGUCGGCCCCAGCUACCGGGCAGUGCUUGGUUCGAGCUAUUGCAGGAUGUGGUAGCGGCUGAAUUGCCAGUUUUACGGCUCAUAACCAGAUGUGCCGAUUUUGAGGUGGCAUGA